UCGGCCUAAAGCUAGCCAAGUCAACACGAAGCGAAGCGGGGAGGCGUGAAGUCGGCGAAGCUAGAACUUUCUGCGUAUGGAACGACCACAAGUUACGGUGCUUUCAGAGUGCCUCUCUCCCAAAGUGUUUCUGGGCUCGAUUCCCGACAGACUGGAGGAGAUGGUCUUCGACGAAAACGAGGUAGUCACGUACAAGUGGGUGUCCCGUCGCUGGAGCCUUCACGCGAACACCGCCAAGGUACUGCUCAGAGACUUCUACCUUCAACAGAAGGCGCUGGGACGUCCGCUGUUUUGCUGGUACGCUAUCACGUGCAAACAGGCCGUCAGACUGGUGCCCGAAACCAAGCUGGAGGAAUGGACUAACGACGCCACGGGCGCCCACAUUUACGCGGUGCUCCGUAGUCACGUUGAGGACUCCAGUGUCGUUUACAUGGGAGACAUGCCCAGCGCUCGCAAGAGCGGCAGCGAUGCAAGGUUUUCGGCCAUCCGCGGUCCCACUGGCUCGUGAGGAAGCUGCGACUGCCCCGAGCUUGUGGUGAGUGUGCAAAGUUAUGUGGGAAGUUCUGGGGCGGACCUCUGGCAGCGGCGUAGCCAGGGCGGCCAGGGUAAAGGUUUAUGGGGCUUUCCCUCCCCCCCGUCCCUGCAUUUUGACGCCGCCUCCCCCCGUCCGCACCCCAUGUCAUGAACCUUGAUGAACAUCUCGACCACCUCAGCCUCAAUCCCUACCCCUCGAAAAAAAUUCUUGGCUUUUACGGCUACGCCACCGAUUUGUACCACAGCCGAUACAGCUGCACUCAUGCACCCCUUUCCAGACUGCUGGCAGAAUGCACACUUCGUUGCAGUUCGCACGCAUAUGCAAUGUGAUGAACGUGUCAGUUUUCUUUUCUUUACUAUCCCAUCGUCUUGAAAGCAGGCGAAGGAAGCUGUUUGAAGGACAAGAUAAAUUUCCCAAAAUGUAAUGACCCACCCAUUUUGUUUUCUAUUAAAAAAAAAUAAUGAAAUUAUUAGAGCUUGGUAUUUCAGAGCUCUUCGUAAACAAACGCAACUGUUUUUUUAUGCAUUUAUAUUUGAUCUUAAACCUACUGAGGCAUAUUCCAGAUUACAGAAGUUUGCAAAAAGACAUGCUAUAGCGCGAGCUCAAAAGCUGACCGAGGAAAUGAACUAAGCAAAGCAGACAGGCAUCAUCCAAUAAAGAUGCAAUCAAGAGUUACUGCCCUUAGGUCUUCUUGAUAUCUCGGGGGUUUCAUUAUUUCUAGCUACAAGUGUCCA